AUGGAUGGGCGGCUGCCACAGAGCCCUGCAGGUCUAACAGAUAUCCUGUGUCUGUCUGUCCAUCUACCCAGGUGCAAGUUCUUCAGUCUGACGGAGACACCAGAGGAUUACACUAUCAUUGUUGAUGAGGAGGGCUUCCUAGAGCUGCCCUCCUCAGAGCACCUGAGUGUGGCAGAUGCCACCUGGCUGGCCCUGAACGUGGUGUCCGGUGGUGGCAGCUUCUCCAGCUCCCAGCCCAUCGGUGUGACCAAGAUCGCCAAAUCGGUCAUCGCCCCACUGGCUGACCAGAACAUCUCGGUGUUCAUGCUCUCCACCUACCAGACGGACUUCAUCCUGGUGCGAGAGCGGGACCUGCCCUUUGUCACCCACACCUUGUCAUCAGAGUUCACUAUCCUGCGGGUCGUCAAUGGUGAGACAGUGGCAGCCGAGAACCUCGGCAUCACCAAUGGCUUCGUGAAGCCCAAAAUGGUCCAGAGACCAGUCAUCCACCCGCUGUCCAGCCCGAGCAACAGGUUCUGUGUCACCAGCCUGGACCCUGACACGCUGCCUGCUGUUGCCACACUCCUCAUGGAUGUCAUGUUCUACUCCAACGGAGUGAAGGACCCCAUAGCUGCCGGUGACGACUGUGGCCACAUCCGCUUCUUCUCCUUCUCCCUCAUCGAGGGCUACAUCUCCCUGGUGAUGGAUGUGCAGACCCAGCAGAGGUUUCCUAGUAACCUGCUGUUCACCAGCGCAUCUGGAGAGCUCUGGAAGAUGGUGCGGAUUGGAGGACAGCCUCUGGGCUUCGAUGAGUGUGGAAUUGUGGCCCAGAUCUCCGAGCCCUUGGCUGCUGCAGACAUCCCCGCCUACUACAUCAGUACUUUCAAGUUCGACCAUGCACUGGUACCAGAGGAGAACAUCCACGGCGUCAUCGGUGCCUUGAAGGUCAGUCAAGCAGAGAAGCAUUAGAAGGGCCUCUCCUGCGCCUCCCUGUGUGGGCCCAGCCCCCACCCCGAAGAUUGUUCUUGCAGUAUUUCUCCACAGACUGGAAAACCAGCCCCGGGGACCCCAAGGAAAGGUGUCUCUGGGAGACUCCCCCAAUUGCCAAGGCCUCCCCGUGCCCUCCUGCCUUCCUGGGGCCCCAGACCAUUCUCCCACCCCUUCCCCCACCCCACCCCAGAGAAUGAUCCCUGAGGUCCAGGGAGCUUGUGAGCUGAUCCACCCUGUCAUGCAGCCUCGCCCACAGCCAGGGGCACAUGCCAGGGGAAGCUGGGUCCUCCCCCGAGACACUGGUGGACCUCUUACAGUGGCGUCUUGGGGGGCUGGCAGUGCAGGGCUGAGUUUGUGGAGCCCGGGAAGGCCCCUGUGAGGGUGGGGGCUAAAUACUGUGGUUGCUGGUCUCUGUUUCCAUCAACUCAGGGCUGGUUCCCUCAGAGUGGAGGCCAGUGGGCCACCCUUGGCUCAUGGUGGCUGCCAAGGCUCAGGCAGGAACACGGGUGGGAUACCCAAGCUGGGGAGGACCUGAUCCCCCAGCACCUCGCCUGCCAACCUCAGGGCCUGUGCCCUGACUCCCAGCAAGACUGCCAAGAGGGGUCCUGUCUAGACCCUCCCCACCACAAGCACUCAGUCCUGGGGUGAGGAGGGAGGUCCUCGCAGAAGACCCACCAGCCUGGAGCACCAGCUUCUGUCCACUCUGCUUUCCCUGGACCCUACAUGGGCAGGCGGAGCCUCAGUUUCCCCCAGCGGGGGCAUCCCCAGCAUUCUGGGCCUGGGGUUUGUUAGGUGAUCCCCACCUCCCCAACAGCUGAUUAAUUAGACCAGCAUAGGACUCCCCGUCAUCCUCCCCCUGUCUCCUGCCCCCAACUUGCCCACCUGCCUGCCUGCCCGCCCUUCAGUCCGGGGCCGUGACAUUCAUGAGUACUUGACCUGGGAGGCAGCAUAACUGAGCCUUAAUAGAGAAAAUGAUACCUUGUUUUAGUUUUUUAUUUAACGUACUUGCGCCCAGGCUGCUGUUGGCAGUAGUUGCUGGUUUCAGGGCACAGGGCCUGUGUGAGUUCUGUGGAGUCGGAGCUGUCACAGGGCCUUGGCCCUCUCUGCUGAGUGGAAAGCUGGGAGCCAGAGGUCUGUUACAAGAUGCGGGAGCCUGUGGCGCCCCACACAGGCUCCCAGCCAGCCGUGGUUCUGUCUGAGCAUGGGUAGGGGGAGGCCUAAGGGCCCUGGGUAGGUGGACAGCUGGUGGCAGCCUGCAGAAAGUGGUCUUGUCCAGGGGGAAUGGGGUGAGCCCUGGUGCCCCUCCAGCUGGGAGCGCUUUCUGAGCAUGCAGGACCGAAAGGGCCCACCGUGGCUCUUCUACUUGCUGAGGCUGUUUCUUGGGCAGCAGCUGAGUUGUGCCAUCUCCAAGAAGGUCAGAGGAAAAGGGACAUUUCUCAUCCUGGUGAAGGGCUUAUGUGAGCCCUGUUCCCUGCUGCUCAAGCUGGGCAGGACCCUCUGAGCCCCAGAAGCCCACCAGGUGGAGAAUCUUCUAGAUCCUUGCAGAUGCUCAGGGGCCACGACACUGAUUAAAAACCCACUUUUUUUUUUUUUAAGUUAAUUCAUUUUGCACAAAACUCCAAAACAACCAAAACUUAUAGAUUGUUUGCUGGUCCCUAAAGGGAGGUGGCCGAGCAGACAGGGCAGGGGUCUAGGCCCUGAGUCCCCUUUCUGUCUUUGGAAGGCCUUGAUUUUCCUUCCCAUCGGUUUCCCCGAUCAUGUCACUCCUGUGCCCUUCCUUCCUGCCGUGCAAGUGUGUCAGCCCCAAAACCCCGAUUCAUGUGAUCCCAAGACUCCCUAGGACCUAUCUAUUGUACACACAUAUAAAUACCUGUGUUUUAUGUUGA